UCAACAUGUAUGAAGCUUUACCGGGGUCUGCUCCUGAAAAUGAAGAUGGCCUCAUGAAAGUGAAGGUGGAAGAUCCUGCCUGGGAGCAGGUAUACAGAACACAGGAGAGCAGCUGUCAUUCCCAGGAGCUUUGCCGCCUACGCUUCCGGCAGUUCUGCUACCAGGAAGCACCUAGUCCCCGGGAGGCUAUGGCACAACUCCGAGAACUUUGCCAUCAAUGGCUGAGACCAGAGAUACACACAAAAGAGCAGAUCCUGGAGCUGCUGGUGCUGGAGCAGUUCCUGAGCAUCCUGCCUGAGGAGCUGCAGGCCUGGAUGCAGAUGUGUCCUCUGCAGAGCGGGGAGGAGGCCGUGACCAUGCUGGAGAAUCUUGCGACAGGAUGUGGAGACAUGGGACAGCAGGCCUCUUUCUACGUUCAAGGCCAGAACAUGCACCUCGUGGUGGCAGACUGUCAAGGAACCUUUCUGGAGUCUCAGCAUCUCCAGCUCCUGCCUGAUGGGACCCCCCUGAAGUGUGAGCCUCCACAUCUUCCCCAAGAAGUGAGUGGUGAGUGCCAGAGGGCGAGCCUGGUGAGCAUGCGGGCACCAGGCACCAAGAGAUUAGAUGAAGAAGUUGUAACUAAAGAUGGAUUGACUAAUGUGAAUCAAGACACUUCCAAAGAAAUGGAACAAAGUGGAAAGACUUCAGCAAUACACAAUAGAGAUUGUGCACCUCACCUGCCUUGUAGUAUUGCCGCCCCCACUGAAAGGACAGUGUCUCACUUGAACACACUGAAAGCCCGCCUCCCACGUGACUCGUGGGCCCGGAUGCACAUUGCGUCCCUGCAGUAUGCUGCGGGAGACAUUACCCGAAAAGGGAGGAAAAAGGACAAAGCUCGAGUGAGUGAGUUACUGCAAGGACUUGCCUUUUCUGAUGACUCAGAAGUGGAGGAGGACAAUGAGCCCGAGACCCAGCCUGCUGAAAAGAAGUUCAAGGUGUCUGGUAUGCCAGAGAACUGGACUAAGAGAGAUAUUAAACCCAACUUUCCAAGCUGGUCAGGAUUCGAUUCUGGUCUGUUAAAUCUCAAGAGUGAAAAGUUGAACCCGGUAGAGCUUUUUGAAUUGUUUUUUGAUGAUGAAACAUUCAAUUUGAUUGUCAACGAGACCAAUAAUUAUGCUUCUCAAAAAAAUGUCAACUUGGAAGUCACAGUUCAGGAAAUGAGGUGUGUUUUUGGUGUGCUACUUUGGAGUGGGUUUGUUAGGAGGCCCAGAAGGGAAAUGUAUUGGGAAGUGUCUGAUGCUGAUCAGAACCUGGUUAGAAACGCCAUUCAGAGGGAUAGAUUUGAAUUGAUUUUCUCAUACUUGCAUUUUGCAGAUAACAGCCAUCUAGAUCAGAAAGAUAAAUUUUCAGAAUUAAGGCCUCUCAUAAAGCAAAUGAAUAAAAAUUUCCUCUUGUAUGCUCCCCUAGAAGAAUACUACAGCUUUGAUAAAUCAAUGUGUGAAUGCAUUGAUAGUGAUCAAUUCCUGAAUGGAAAGCCUCUUAGAAUAGGCUAUAGAAUUUGGUGUGGUACAACCACUCAGGGCUAUCUGGUUUGGUUUGAGCCCUAUCAAGAAGAAUCAACUGUGGAGGCAGAUAAAGACUGUGACCUUGGGCUAGGUGGAAACCUAGUAAUGAAUUUUGCUGAUGUUCUUUUGGAGAAGGGACAGUAUCCCUAUCACCUGUGUUUUGAUAGCUUCUUCACAAGUGUCAAACUAAUGUCAGCUUUGAAGAAAAAAGGGGUGAAGGCGACGGGAGCAAUUUAUGACAACAGAACUGAAAAAUGUCCACUGAUGAAAACAGAACGCAUGAGAAAAACGAAGAAGGGGCAUUUUGAUUUUCGAGUGGAAGAAAACGAGGAGAUAAUUUUGUGCCGUUGGCAUGGUGAUGAUGUUAUCAGUCUGUGCUCCAAUGCUGUCGGCAUAGAGCCUGUUGGUGAGAUAAGCUGUUUUGCUGAUGAUAAAGAGAUCUCUCAGGUGUGUCAGCCAUCCAUUGUGAAAUUGUUUGAUGAAUGCAGAAAAGGUGUAGCUCAAAUGGAUCAAAUUAUUUCCAAAUAUAGGGUAAGAAUAAGAAGCAAGAAGUGGUACUCAAUUUUGGUGAGCUACAUGAUUGAUGUGGCUGUGAACAACGCAUGGCAGUUACACAGAGCCUGUAAUCCUGGUGCCCCUCUUGACCUACUGGAUUUUCGAAGAUGUGUCGCCCAUUUCUACUUGGGACAUGACACUACUGUUCCAGAUUAAGGCACAUAAAAUGAAGAAAACAUAAUGGGCCUUAACAAGACACAGAAAAAUUUUAACUACACGUUAGAUCGUAUUCCUCCAAAGAAAAUCUGGUGUAUAUAAUCAAAGUAAUCAAGUAGUAUUUUUAAAUCAGAUGUUUAUAUAGCGUUUCAAAUACUGUUAUAAAAAUUCCCGUGAAAAUGUUGAACUCCAGUGGUACCUUUCUCU